AGCCUCCCCUUGUCAAUAGACAGAUUGGGUCGAUUGAAAAAAAAAAUUGAGAAGUCGCCCCAUGUGAAAUGGCUUUCUGUUAUCAUUGCCUGCCUUGUGCUAGGCCUGCUUUGGACUAAUGAAGACACAUUAGAUCUAGAUAGUGGAUCUGGUAUUGAGUUAAAUGACUGGAAUUACACGGAGGAUUAAAACAGGAACAAAACUAGGGUGUACAGAGAGUCGCUAUGACCUCGCAAUGACCUGGCUGAUUAUUAUGCAAAUGAACCCUGUCUAGAUAUUCAACGGAGACAACUCUUCACUGAGAGACCUAUGAAAACAGUAAGAGUUAUUCUCCUUUGAAGACGUCACCCAUGAAGUUGUCCAACAUCGGAAGCGAGGCCAAACGUGCAGACGGUGACGGAGGCUUUCCUGUUUCCAUUUCUGAGUCGGUCAAGUCAGAAGCGUCACACAAAUCAGACAUAAAAAAUGUUGCGAUUACGCCCCUGAAAGCUCCGACGGAGAUCAAGAAUGCGCUCCGGCGUCAGAGGAGAAUGUUCGGCAUCAACUACGCUCCGCCGCCGACGGCGCAGUCUACUCUCGCCAAGCCCACGUACCGGGCGGUGCUUCCAGAGGCGUUUCAGCCGAACUGCACGCAGUACACCAUCACGACUUCUCACAGCUUAACGGGAGACGCGCCCAAGGGGGAAGAGUCCAACUACAUCGUCACACGUGUAACGGACAACGGGGGCUCGCGUGGCGGCGCUGUUUACGAGAGGAGACUCGAAAGCGCCAGCCUCGCAUCAGCGAAGAACGCCGACAUAGCUAGAGCUGCCGGUAAUUUGCCGAGAGCCACCUUAUCCACGAACAAGUUCAAACAAACUCCGGAGAACUACGAAACACUGGCAAGCCCAAGAAGCAACGCCCCUGACACUUCAUCUAAGUACCAGAAUAGCCUUCGACUCAACGGGUUUCAGAAAAUGGCAAUGGCGCCCAAAGAUGCGUCGGACCUUCAUCAUGUCAGCAAAACCCUCCCUCCUGGGUUCAGGGUAAAAGCUCCCCUCGAGUCUAACAAUUUGUUCGGAUUCAGCAGGUCGCAGACGUCGGAUCGUUUGACUCUGCGUAACCAUGACAGCAACGUCGUUCGACGCAUGUCGUACGACGAUGACCUUGGCGUGCACAGGGUGAUCCGCGAGGAGUAUGUCUCCUUUGAUCAAGGUCGACGAGGAAAAGCCCAUCUAAACUUCCCGCCCCCGAUCCGAUUACACGAUGCGGUUGACUCCUCAAGAGGAGGCUACCAUGAAGUCAUGUCUCCACUUCGGGUGGACCCAAAGACAGUCUCCGAAAUCAGCGCAUUACCCAAGCAGGAAACGAGUGAACCCACAGACGAGACACAAAGCCAUUCAGGUAAAUUCUCUGCGGUAUCGUCCAUGGAUCUAGCAGACAGCAUUAUCAAAGCAGUCAACGAAAACAUCAACGAGGUGUACCAGCUAUGCCAAACCAAGGUCAAGUACUCAGACUUUAUAGAAAAAACCCAGCCCCAUCGUUUGUCUAGUAACGAAACGCAGUGGAAUGGCGCUGAAAUCAAAUUGAAAGAAAAUGCCCUCAACGAACCAAGUUCGAAAAAAAAUAAUCAAACAAAAUCGGCCUUGACAUUGCCCAAGAGGACCAAUUUACUUCCGAAUCUACAACUCCGGCAGCGAGGUUUGUCUACAUUGGUACAAGGGUCGGAUGCGAGAUCGAUACUGAACCAUCUUCACGAUUCCGAUUCCAAAGAGGCUCAGGCAUUGGUAUCGAUGUCCGCUCUGCCGGAACCAGAAAUAGACUACGACAAGCCGAUUACCAUUAUCAUUGAGUGUAACCGUGAAGGCUCCCUGAAGAGCACUCGACCCAUCUUGAAACAAACCAGCAAGUCAAACAACGGUUUUGGAAAUUUCGAGAAACCGAGAGACGGGGAUUUGAAUAACAACAAACUUACUCAGCUGAGCUUUGCACUCGGCACUCAGAAUGUCGUUGAGCACGGCACUAAACCGGAUGUUGAUACCGCUACCGACAGCAGGAGCGUUCAUAAAAAGUAUCAACCUGAAACGAAUGAGCUAACUCUAGGCAAAGGGAGACUAGUCAGAUUUAAUGCGGAUCCAAAAAUACACGAGUUUGCUCCCACUGAUCCUGUUCUUUCCCCUAAAUAAGUAUUUUCAAUGGUUGGGGAUUUCAUCUCGUCAUUUCCACUUCUGGUCAUAUAAAUAUCUAUUUAUUUUUCUGUAGGCCUACUUUUUUAUUUACAAGACGAGGAAAUAGCUGAGGGUUUUCCUACCAAGAGUGCGGAUCCCCCAACAUCGUGUUGUCAUAUACAUACAAGCAAUAGCAAAAAGAUUAUUAAAAAAAUACAAAGCGUACCUAAGGAAAGAACCGCUUAUUGCUGCCAUUUACUGAAAAUUACAGGGUUUGGCUACUAAAUAAAACAAAAUUAAUUAAUGAAUACUAAAUGUUUAACUAAUUGUUAAAUUUAAGGAUUGAUUAUCAAUACUUAUGCAAAAGUUCAACUUGAUCCGAGAAUGGGAAGUGGGAGAAAAAAUCAUGCCAAAAUGUAACAAGGGGAUAAAGUCCAUAGAUGCAUCCACAUUUCUCAUUAAGUAGCAUUUAUUCCCCUUAUUUCGAUAAUGAACAAAAUAAUUAAUCAUCAAUAAUUAAUUUAUCUAUUGUCAGGUUUAUAAAUAAUUGUGCUGCAAAGUUUCCACUUGAUCCGAGAAUGGGAAAUAGGAGAAAAUCAUGUUCAAACUUUUUACGAGACAGACAGACAGGGUUGAUAUAGCUUUGUGUACCUUGGCCAUAUGUAUUUUAUGGCAAAUAACACUUCUAAUCACACAUCAAUAAGGGGUGAUAAUCUUGGUACCCGACUUUUUGCAUAUUCUUGAUUCCGUUUUGACAUAAUGCUACCAGCUCUCAAAUUCAUGUCUUUUUUUUUUUAUAUACUUCAUGUUCGGUUUCAAUAAAGUUAUAUUAUUUAUUCAAUAAUAAGAAAGUUCUAUUU